UUUCCGGCAGCCCGGGAGGAGCAGGCAGGGCCGGAGCUGAGCGCGGCGGAGCCCCCGCACCCUCCGCCCGCCCCAUGGCUUUAUAAAGGGCUGCUCCCCGGGGGGGGCUGCCGGGGGGGCUGAGCGCCUGCUCUGCUCUUCUAGAGACAGCUUGGAUUGUUUUUUUUUUUUUUAAUUUUUUAAAAAAUUUUUUUUUCAUCCCCCCCCACCGCCUCCUUGAAGCUGCGCCGAGCUGGUGCCCCGUUUUUUUGGGGAGCAUGGAUACGCACACGCGGUGGAAAAGGCGCAGUUGGAUACGGAGCUGCUCGGUGCCCGCUGCGCUGCUGCUGCUCUUGGGUGCCCUGUCCCUCGGCCGGGCAGCUGAACCUGCAGACCUCUUGAAGGUGUUAGACUUUCAUAAUUUACCUGAUGGUAUCACAAAAACCACGGGGUUUUGCACAAGCAGAAGAUCUUCAAAAGAAGCAGAUGUUGCUUACAGAGUAACAAAAGAUGCUCAGCUCAGUGCCCCAACAAAGCAGCUGUAUCCUGCUUCCCCCUUCCCAGAGGACUUCUCCAUUCUAACCACUGUAAAAGCGAAGAAAGGAGGUCAGUCCUUCUUGAUCUCAAUUUACAAUGAGCAAGGGAUCCAGCAAAUUGGUGUGGAGUUGGGUAGAUCUCCUGUAUUCCUGUAUGAAGACCAUACAGGAAAGCCAGGCCCAGAAGACUAUCCUCUCUUUAGAGGCAUUAACCUAGCAGAUGGCAAGUGGCACCGAGUGGCUCUGAGUGUGCAGAAGAAAAACGUCACCUUGGUUCUGGACUGCAAAAAGAAAAUCACCAAGUUCCUGGACCGGAGCGAGCAUCCCAUCAUCGACGUCAACGGCAUCAUCGUGUUCGGCACCAGGAUAUUGGAUGAGGAGGUCUUUGAGGGUGACAUCCAGCAGCUCCUGAUCGUGGCGGACCCGCGGGCAGCCCUGGAGUACUGUGAGCACUACAGCCCCGACUGUGACACUGCCAUCCCCGACUCCCCCCAGUCCCAGGACCCCAACCAGGAUGAAUACUACACGGACGGGGAGGGAGAAGGUGACACUUACUACUACGAGUACCCCUACUACGAGGACGUGGAUGAAGCUGUCAAACCAGAAACCCCCACCACCAAACCCGGCCCUCCUGAGGUGGCUGCUGGAGAGAAACCCGAAACCAAGGAGGAUUAUGCAGCUCCCACAGCACCCCCUGAGAGAGGGAACCCCGGGAAGCAGCCCAAGGAGGACGGAGCAGUGGAUGAUCCCCUGGUUGAUGAGUACAACUACGAGACCAUCAAUGAGGAGUAUUUUACCCCCAUGCCCUAUGAAGAUAUCAACUACAACGAGGAAAUCGAUCCCCAGGGUGGCCUCACUGAAAAUGCAGUGGAAGCUGAACUCCCCACAAGCACUGUCGUCACCUACAAUGAGACUGAUGCUGCUCAAGGAGGGGAUGACCUGGAUAAAGAUUUCACUGAGGAAACCAUAAAGGAAUAUGAUGGGAAUUAUUAUGACAAUUAUUACGACCGGACGGCCUCUCCCGACAUCGGCCCCGGCAUGCCAGCCAACCAGGACACCAUCUACGAAGGGAUCGGUGGCCCCCGGGGUGAGAAGGGGCAGAAGGGGGAACCUGCCAUCAUUGAGCCGGGAAUGCUGGUGGAAGGCCCCCCUGGUCCCGAAGGCCCAGCAGGCCUUCCAGGACCUCCAGGACCAACUGGACCCGUGGGCUUGAUGGGUGACCCAGGGGAGAGGGGCCCACCUGGACGCCCAGGUCUCCCAGGAGCAGAUGGAUUGCCAGGACCACCAGGGACAAUGCUUAUGCUGCCUUUCCGCUUCAGCGGCGGAGGCGACGCGGGCUCCAAAGGACCCAUGGUGUCGGCCCAGGAGGCGCAAGCCCAGGCUAUCCUGCAGCAGGCCAGGCUGGCACUGAGGGGACCAGCGGGACCCAUGGGCCUGACGGGGCGGCCGGGACCCAUGGGACCCCCAGGCAGUGGAGGACUGAAGGGAGAAGCUGGAGAAAUGGGACCUCAGGGUCCAAGAGGCAUCCAAGGUCCUCCCGGUCCUGCAGGGAAGCCAGGCCGCAGGGGACGAGCUGGCAGUGACGGUGCCCGGGGGAUGCCAGGCCAGACAGGACCAAAGGGUGACCGAGGAUUUGAUGGCUUGGCUGGUUUGCCUGGGGAGAAGGGGAACAGAGGUGAGCCAGGACCCCACGGCCCCCCAGGGGCUCCUGGAGAGGAUGGGGAGAGGGGAGAUGAUGGAGAAGUUGGACCCAGAGGUCUCCCUGGAGAGCCUGGACCCCGAGGACUGCUGGGCCCCAAGGGACCCCCAGGCCCCCCGGGGCCACCGGGUGUGGCUGGCAUGGAUGGACAAACAGGUCCCAAAGGGAAUGUGGGACCUCAGGGCGAGCCAGGGCCCCCAGGACAGCAGGGGAACCCAGGGGCUCAGGGUCUUCCAGGUCCACAAGGCGCCAUCGGUCCCCCAGGAGAGAAAGGCCCGCUGGGCAAACCUGGUCUACCUGGAAUGCCUGGUGCUGAUGGGCCCCCGGGUCAUCCUGGCAAGGAAGGUCCUCCUGGAGAGAAGGGCAGUCAGGGUCCCCCAGGUCCUCAGGGCCCCAUUGGUUAUCCAGGACCCCGUGGAGUCAAGGGAGCAGAUGGAGUUCGUGGCUUGAAAGGCACCAAGGGAGAAAAGGGUGAAGAUGGUUUCCCUGGCUUCAAAGGUGACAUGGGCAUCAAAGGAGACCGGUCUUCCCCCAAGGGCUCCAUCGGCUUCCCAGGAUUCCCAGGAGCCAACGGCGAGAAGGGCACACGGGGCACUCCUGGCAAACCAGGUCCGAGGGGGCAGCGUGGUCCCACGGGUCCACGUGGGGAAAGAGGCCCCAGGGGAAGCACUGGAAAACCUGGCCCAAAGGGCAACUCUGGUGGUGAUGGCCCCCCUGGUCCUCCUGGAGAAAGGGGACCACCAGGACCUCAAGGACCGACUGGAUUUCCUGGACCAAAAGGCCCCCCUGGUCCUCCUGGGAAGGAUGGAUUGCCUGGGCACCCUGGACAGAGAGGAGAAACUGGUUUCCAAGGCAAGACUGGCCCUCCAGGCCCCCCUGGUGUCGUAGGGCCUCAGGGUCCAACUGGUGAGACUGGACCCAUGGGUGAGCGAGGCCAUCCAGGCCCCCCAGGUCCCCCAGGUGAACAAGGCCUUCCUGGCCUCACUGGAAAAGAAGGCACCAAGGGGGAUCCUGGUCCUGCUGGCCUCCCAGGGAAGGAUGGUCCCCCUGGAUUGAGAGGGUUCCCUGGAGAACGAGGCCUCCCCGGCCCCAUUGGUUCUCCAGGGCUGAAAGGCAACGAAGGUCCCCCAGGCCCUCCAGGCCCAGCCGGCUCCCCUGGGGAGCGUGGCCCUGCAGGAUCAGCUGGCCCUAUAGGAUUGCCAGGGAGACCUGGCCCUCAGGGACCUCCAGGACCUGCAGGUGAAAAGGGAGCUCCAGGGGAGAAGGGUCCCCAAGGACCGGCUGGCAGGGAUGGCAUCCAGGGCCCCGUGGGACUGCCGGGCCCCGCAGGUCCUGUUGGACCUCCUGGAGAGGAUGGAGACAAGGGUGAGAUCGGGGAGCCUGGGCAGAAGGGCAGCAAAGGUGACAAGGGAGAGCAGGGUCCCCCAGGCCCCACUGGUCCCCAAGGCCCAAUUGGUCAACCUGGCCCAGCUGGAGCUGAUGGAGAGCCCGGGCCCCGAGGACAGCAAGGCCUCUUUGGUCAGAAAGGUGACGAAGGACCCCGAGGUUUCCCUGGUCCCCCCGGCCCUGUGGGCUUGCAGGGGCUGCCUGGACCACCUGGGGAAAAGGGAGAAACGGGUGACGUUGGGCAGAUGGGUCCACCAGGCCCACCAGGACCCAGAGGUCCAUCUGGGCCACCAGGAGCAGAUGGUCCACAGGGUCCUCCUGGAGGAAUAGGAAACCCUGGUGCAGUAGGAGAGAAGGGUGAACCUGGGGAAUCUGGUGAGCCUGGUCUCCCUGGAGAGGUUGGCCUGCCGGGCCCUAAAGGUGAAAGAGGUGAAAAGGGAGAAGCAGGUCCCUCUGGUGCUGCUGGUCCACCUGGCCCCAAAGGCCCACCAGGUGAUGAUGGCCCCAAAGGCAGCCCUGGUCCAGUUGGUUUCCCUGGUGACCCUGGUCCUCCCGGAGAGCCUGGCCCAGCUGGUCAAGAUGGUCCCCCUGGUGACAAAGGUGAUGAUGGUGAACCUGGACAGACUGGUUCCCCUGGGCCCACAGGAGAGCCAGGCCCCUCUGGACCCCCUGGAAAACGGGGCCCUCCUGGUCCAGCUGGUCCUGAAGGAAGGCAAGGAGAGAAAGGAGCCAAGGGGGAAGCUGGCUUGGAAGGACCUCCUGGGAAGACUGGACCCAUUGGUCCCCAAGGUGCUCCAGGGAAGCCUGGCCCCGAUGGCCUUCGUGGGAUUCCUGGUCCAGUUGGUGAACAAGGUCUCCCAGGAUCCCCUGGCCCAGAUGGUCCUCCAGGCCCAAUGGGCCCUCCGGGUUUGCCUGGUCUGAAAGGAGACUCCGGUCCUAAAGGGGAGAAGGGUCACCCAGGUUUAAUUGGUCUUAUUGGACCACCAGGAGAGCAGGGAGAAAAGGGUGACAGAGGCCUCCCAGGGCCCCAGGGCUCAGCAGGACCCAAAGGAGAGCAGGGUAUCACAGGUCCCUCUGGACCCAUUGGACCUCCAGGGCCACCAGGAUUACCGGGUCCACCUGGUCCCAAAGGUGCUAAAGGCUCAUCAGGUCCCACAGGUCCAAAGGGUGAAUCAGGUCUUCCUGGGCCCCCAGGACCUCCUGGUCCUCCUGGAGAAGUCAUCCAGCCCCUGCCCAUCCAGGCUGCCAAGAGGACCAGGAGGAACAUUGAUGCCAGCCAGCUGCUGGACGAUGGCAAUGCUGACAACUACAUGGACUAUGCUGAUGGCAUGGAGGAGAUUUUCGGCUCCCUGAACUCCUUGAAACUGGAAAUCGAGCAGAUGAAGCAUCCCUUGGGCACUCAGCACAACCCAGCACGCACCUGCAAGGACCUGCAGCUCUGCCACCCUGAUUUCCCAGAUGGUGAAUACUGGGUUGAUCCCAACCAGGGGUGUUCCAGGGACUCUUUCAAAGUUUACUGUAAUUUCACGGCUGGUGGAGAGACCUGCAUCUUCCCUGAUAAGAAAUCUGAAGGAGCUAGAAUUACUUCCUGGCCCAAGGAAAACCCAGGCUCGUGGUUCAGUGAAUUCAAGCGCGGUAAACUGCUCUCCUAUGUGGACUCGGACGGGAACCCCAUCGGGGUGGUGCAGAUGACCUUCCUGCGUCUCCUGAGCGCCUCGGCCCACCAGAACAUCACCUACAACUGCUACCAGUCGGUGGCCUGGCACGAUGCCACCACCAACAGCUACGACAAGGCCAUCCGCUUCCUGGGCUCCAACGACGAGGAGAUGUCCUACGACAACAACCCCUACAUCCGAGCUGCCCUUGACGGCUGCGCGGCAAGGAAGGGCUACCAGAAAACCAUCCUGGAAAUCAACACGCCCAAAGUGGAGCAGGUCCCCAUAGUCGACAUCAUGUUCAAUGACUUCGGAGAAGCGGCACAGAAAUUUGGAUUCGAGGUGGGACCAGCUUGCUUCCUGGGCUAAAAGAGCCACCUGAACCUAGUCUCCAAAUGAGCAACCUCGUAACCUCAUUGCGCCAUUUAAUUAAAAACAAAAAAAGAGAAAAAAGAGAAAAAAAAGGAGAAAAAAAAGAAUUCCUCGUCACGUGCACGGUCUGAAACUGGACAGCGAUGGGUUAUUAUUUUUUUUUCCUCUCCCCCACCUAUUUUGUUGUGUCCCUGGUUUUGCCCCGGCCCCUCUGUGCCCCCCCAGCCAUUCCCAGGAUGGAUAUGGAAUCUCAUGACCAGCAGCCACACACGGAGACCUGGCCCUGUCCCUGCUGCCCUGCGGCCACCGAGCUGAGCCCACCUCCAGCAAACUCCUCCUGCCUCCUCCUCCUCCUCCUCUUCUUCUCACCAGGAAGCGUUUGUUUGUUCCUGAAGAAAAAAAAAAAAAAGGAAAAAACUUGAAGUUCCUCAUGUCCAGCUUGAUGUUGAAGUCCCGGCAGUCCUGGAUCUGAAGCUCCUCAGAGGGGUUUUGUUGCCUUCCACGAGGUUUGGAUCAGCUCCAGCAUGGCCAAUUCCAGAAUUUUCCGUGUUUCCUCCGCUGAGUUUGCCUCAUUCCACGUUUUCCAAAGUGCUGACUCAAGGUCACACUGGGCAUCUCUUUGCCGUGUCUUAAAGGUGCUUCUAUUUUUGUAUGUUUGUGAGUAAAUAUUUGUGUCGUAUUUUAUUUGAAAUGUUGGAAUGUUUCCGCCUUCAAACCAUGCAAGUGACCUUGUCUGUAUUAAAGCCACCCCAUCCCAGCCAAGCUUCCAGCUGGGAAUGAAGACAGCAGCUCCUGUCCCUACUUCUGCCUCUUCCCAGCCCCAAACUGGGAUCUGGAGCCUUGGAAUUUCCCCCAGGAUCAGGUGCAAAGCAGCCCCCUGAGCCACAGGUGCCUUUUGGAAUGAUUCCUUUCAAAAUGAGGAAAUUAAAGCCACUUUUUAACAAAUUCCCUGCAAAUCCCCUGAUCUAAAAAGCAGGAUCUGCUGUGAGUCUCUGACUUUUCAUCCACUUGCUUAACACCCAUAUUUUAAAUUAAUCCUUCUUUUUUUCUUUCAGCAUUCCUUUAAAAUGAUAAGAAUUAAACCUGAAUCCAUUCCCAGUGGCAGAUCCCAGUGGCAGGGGAAAUCCAUUUGUCCUCUCUGAAUAUCAAGAAUAAAAAAAAAAUUUAAAAAUUUAAAAAAAAAAAAAAAGGUAGAAGAAGAAGAAGAAAAAAGGUGCUUUUUAUAGUUAUUUUUACAUAUCUCUGUGGUGCUAUCUGAUAACUUUAACACAACACUGGGGAUACCCUGCCACUGGCCAAUCUCCCACUUGGCUUUUUAGGCACUUUCAGGCAGAUUUUUGGCUGCUGAUAAAUGCAUGGCACCUUCUUAUCUCUUCUGUCCAAAUCCUGCUCUUCUCCUUCCUUGGAUGGGCCCAUGUAGAAAAAAAAACAUUAAAUGUCCUUACAAUUUAUUAUUAUUAUUAUUUUAUUUGGUUUUCCCAAGGAUAUCCAUGUCUUUUCCCAGUUGGAAGCAGAGCAGAUUGUCCUCAGUGGCUGAACGUUUGUGGUGCUAAUUUAUGAAUUUAUGUAGAUGUUGGGUGUCCUGAAGCCGUGGGGGUGCUGCCUGCCCAGCAAUCCGGGGAAUUUGCAAUUUUCCUGCUCUUCCCACUUUUUUUUUUAUUCUUUCCACGGCUCACAACGUGCUUGACACCCUCUUCUUUUCCCAUUUAUUUUUCCUCCUUGCCCGUUUUCCUUCUUCAUGUCUCUCAGCUGGAAAAUAACUAUUGCAAGGUGGGGUUUUUAUAAAUUAUUAUUAUUAUUAUUAUUCCUCGGCCCGGAGCGUUCACAGCUCAAAGGGGAUUUUUCACCACCAAGGAAAAGACAUCACAUUUACUGUGAAAAAAGCCUAUAUAUGAUGUCUUUUCCCCCCUCCUGCCCAAAUUGAGAGCAGCAGCAUCCGAGGAAGGGAGGCAAAGCCGUGCUGGAGGGAGCGGCGAUGCCGGCGGUGCUUUUUGGGGCCUGGAGGAGCCGUGUCCAUCCCUCUCCCUUCUUCAUCCUGUGCUCUCUCCCACUUAAGGGAAUUUUUAAAAAAAACCCAAAAGGUGCUACCCUAAAAACUGCAGACUCCGGGCAGCAGAGCAGUGAAAAGGAAUUUAGGAUAAUAAAUAAGGAAUUCAGCUUCUCAGUCACCUUGGCAACAGCGGGAAGGGCAGGAAAGGUUGCACAUCCCAGCAAAGCCAUAUCCUGAUUUUUCUGAUGUUUGUCCACACCUGUGUGUCUGCCCAGGUCAUGGGAUUCUGUUCUCAAUUUUCUCACCAAGGGAGCUUUUUUUUUUUUUUUUUUCUUUUUUUUUUUUUUUUUCUUUUUUUUUUUUUUUUUUCCCUUUGAUUUCUCUGCUUGAAGAAGAAGAAAAAAAAAAAAAAAAAGAAAAAAGAAUAAAAAUUUCCUCUGUUGAAUUCCACAGUGUUGUAAUUGUACUGAGCUCCCAACUGUUCCAAUCCCCCCCAGACCACUUAGCUACGGUAUAUUGCAAUAAAAUUACUACUUGUAUUUGCA